CUUCGUCCGGGAAGAGGAGAAGAGACCAGACGUGAGGGAUCGAUCAUAAGACUGGGUUCGUAUCUUACAGUCAUGGAGAUUGUAUGGAUGUGUUGUCAGGUGGCACAGCUCCUUUGAAGAUCCACACCGUCCACGAAACUCGGGCUGUUAUCCGCAGGAUUUUGGAAAACGUUUCUGUAGCGGUGAGCGUUUAUUUGACCCGAUACAAGGAUGUCUGGACAGAGCAUUACAGACAGGAUCACCGCCGCUCAGCACAGUGUCACCGGGUCGGCGAUAUCCAAAACUGUGUGCAAGGCGACCACACAUGAGAUAAUGGGGCCGAAAAAGAAACAUUUGGACUAUUUGAUUCAGUGCACAAAUGAGAUGAAUGUCAACAUCCCUCAGCUGGCCGACACGCUGUUUGAGAGGACCGCCAACACCAGCUGGGUGGUUGUGUUCAAGUCCCUCAUCGCCACACACCAACUGAUGGUCUACGGCAAUGAGAGAUUUAUACAAUAUCUGGCCUCAAGAAACACACUAUUCAACCUCAGCAAUUUUUUGGACAAAAGUGGCCUACAAGGCUAUGAUAUGUCGACGUUCAUUAGGAGGUACAGCCGCUACCUGAAUGAGAAGGCCGUGUCCUACAGACAGGUCGCGUUUGACUUCACUAAAGUGAAAAGAGGGUCUGAUGGAGUGAUGAGAACCAUGAACACAGAGAAACUCCUCAAGACAAUCCCCAUCAUCCAAAACCAGAUGGACGUGUUACUCGAUUUCAAUGUCAAUGCCAAUGAACUGACAAACGGUGUGAUCAAUGCAGGCUUCAUGCUUCUGUUCAAAGAUGCAAUCCGACUGUUUGCAGCGUACAACGAGGGCAUAAUCAACCUCCUGGAGAAAUACUUUGACAUGAAGAAAGUCCAGUGCAAAGAAGGACUUGACAUCUACAAGAAAUUCCUUACACGAAUGACUAGAAUCUCAGAGUUCCUCAAAGUUGCAGAGCAAGUCGGAAUUGAUCGAGGGGACAUCCCAGAUCUGUCUCAGGCCCCCAGUAGCCUCCUUGAUGCUCUGGAGCAGCACUUGGCCUCUUUAGAGGGGAAGAAGGUCAAAGACUCAACAGCAGCCAGCAGGGCCAGCACCCUGUACAACGCGGUCUCCUCCCUGGCUAACACUGGCAUGUCUUUCACCAAAGUGGACGAGAGGGAAAAACAGGCAGCCCUGGAGGAAGAGCAGAGCCGCCUGAGAGCACUAAAGGAGCAGCGUCUUUUGGAGCUCCAGAAGAAUCCUUCCGCAGCAACCACAGACUCCUCCCCUGUCUCCACGUUGAGCGGGACCAUCAACUCGACCCCUGCCAUUGACCUCUUCUCCACCCCCAGCUCCACCAACAGCGGCUCCAAGGCAGCCAAUGAGCUGCUGGACCUGCAGCCGGCUUUCCAGCAGUCUGUGCCUCUGUCCACCACCAACACAUGGGGAGACUCCUUCUGUGGGCCAAGCCCUUACAGCACCACUCCCCUCUUCCAGUCUGACUCCCCUGCUGUAGCUGGUCUAUUCAGAGGGUUUACAGCCUCCCCGACACCCCAGCAGCCACAGGACUCUCGAGGCCUUAAUGUCGACUUUGACUCAGUAUUUGGCAACAACGUGAAUGCUAACAACCUGGAUGCUACAGGGCUCCAGCAGGUCUCAUGUACUCUGCUGCCACCUGAAGGUUCGGGGGACAGGUUGCAUGUCCACUCUGUUUUAGGUGGCAUCCUCAAACCCACAGUGGCAUCUUCACCCAAUCAGGGUAUGGGCAUGACCCUGAACGGCCAACAGCCCCACAAACUGGUGUCCCACGACCUGGACUCAUCACUUGCCAACCUUGUCGGCAAUCUGGGAAUUGGCAACGGCACAGCAAAGAAUGAUAUCCACUGGAGUCAGCCUGGUGAGAAGAAGCUGACUGGUGGAAACAACUGGCAACCCAAGACCGCUCCUUCUACCACCUGGAACCCUGCAGCCAUGGCACCAUCUGUUAUGGCCUUCCCUGCAACCACACCAACAGGCAUGAUGGCAUAUGCAAUGCCUCCCAACGUGGGCUCCAUGAUGAUGACGACACAGCCCACUAUGAUGUACACCCAGCCUGUGAUGAGGCCGGCCAACCCCUUUGGCCCCAGUCCAGGUGCACAGAUGCACUUUAUGUAACCUGAAGGGGGAGGAGUCUUUCCCGUCCGAAGAUGAUUCACGAAGACAACUAUCUAGGCAAACCUGCAGUUUGCUUCUACUGAACUCUUCUCUCUCUGGGGGAAAAAAAAAAAGGCCCAAAUAAGACUUGUUGAAUAAAACCACGGUGACUAGGAGCGCCUCUGACCAUCGCAGACAGGCAUCACAGGGACAUUGUGCCUACCCUGUCGCAGUCAUGGAAGGAGAAGAGUGUGUGCUGCCAUUCAGAACCACAUGGACAGGGUUCAACCCCUACUUCAUCCUGGACUAAGAAACGCGUCACCCACGAGGAGAGCUCUGUGACAUCAUGGUUCAGUACCUGGAGAAAAAAAACAAAACAAAGUUGGGUUGUUGUUUUACAUACACAUUGUUUGAGUUGUGUUCUUUUUGAUUAUCAUGAUACAUUCUUAUCAAUCUCCAAAUUAGGAAAGCAAUUGCAAACUCCUCUUUAUACCACACUUUUGUAUGUAUUGUUUGCAGUAGACAUUCCUUGUGUAUUGUUUGUAUUUAUUUAUGAUUACCUAAAAAAAAAAAAAAAAAAAAAAGUAAAUCUAACUAGUCACUGAUCUCUGUGGACGGUCGUCAGGUUUAAACAUAGGUAUGAUUGAUUGUAGAAUUGGAUUUUGAGUGAUUGUGAUGAUUUUUUUUUUUGUCAAAAAGAAGUUAAUAUAAAGAGAAAUAGAUGACAUGUUUUCCUGUUGGGGCGCUAAGUAUUCUCUGUACUCGCAUGAUGCCUUGUACAGUUAUCUGUGGCUCCAGGGCUCCCUCUGAAGAUGUGAAUGAACAUAGUUCAUUAACACAGUCAAAUCAAUGAGGUAGAUUUCUACAAAUUUGGCGAGGGAACAUUUUUCACUAUCAGCAAAAGCACUAAAUUUGUGAUGGAGGCAGCAUUGUGUUGGAAAGAAAUCUGCAUUUAUGCUUUUGAUGCUUUUGACGCUUUUGGCAUGCCAUUUAUUCUUGACUUUAACAAAGCUGGCAGCUGCCCUGUUCCAGCCUGAAUGUGCAGGGUCCCUUUCAUGCUCAGAUCAUGUUUCCAUAGGAGAGCACUGGGGCAUUCAGGACUAUGUGGGGGCAUAGUGAGACACCGGGUGUAGGUUCGGGUCAGACUGGUAAUGGGGGGGGGGUUCUAGUUGUUCAGAGAAUAGAGCACUGUUGAUCGGUGCUUUGUGUAUAUAAAACUUUCCCUGCCAAUCACAUGAACGGGCAAGUCCAGAUAUGAAAGAUGGUCUGAACAUUAAAGUGGCCCUGAAUCCAUUAACUGAGCAUAUUUGCUGCAUUGUCCCUGCAGAUUAUAUUUUGUUUGUUUGAUUUUUCCAAUAAAGUGCAAGCUUCCACA